AUGUCUUCGUCAAAGAUGCCCGAUGAACAUUAUUAUACAAAUGAACAAAUUCCAAUUUCACCGGAAUUACCAGAUAUAUUACUUCAAUUUUCUAAAGUUGUUAUUCGUACACAACCAACUGAUGUAUUUGCUUGGAGUGUUGCAUAUUUUCGAGCAUUAGCGAACGGUGAAACACCACCGGUUAAAGAACGUCUUGAAACAUCUAUAGCUACGCAAAAGACUGACACUGAUUUAUCAAUGGAUCUAUUAAAAAUAUUACAUCGACAGAUUUCUAUUGAUUACAAUAAAUUAAGAAUGAGUGAAACAUCAAUAUCAUCAAGUGUUUCUAACGAUAACGAUAAUCAUUCUUCUACGAAUAAACAAACUAGUUGUUUCGCUCGUAGUCGUUGGGCUCACGUUCUUGCACUUGUUGAUCAACUUCGUCUUAACACAAAACUUAAAAAACGAUGA